AUGUCGCUUAUAAUUCCUGAGAAAUUCCAACACAUCCAUCGUGUGAUGAAUACAAAUAUCGAUGGUAAUAGAAAAGUACCAUUCGCUCUCACGGCCAUUAAGGGCGUUGGUAGGCGUUUUGCAUUUGUUGUUUGCCGUAAGGCAGAUAUUGAUAUUAAUCGUCGUGCUGGUGAAUUGUCAGAAGCAGAUUUGGAAAGAUUGCAGCAAGUAAUGUUAAAUCCGGACCAGUACAAAAUUCCCGAUUGGUUUUUAAAUAGACAAAAAGACGUCAAGGAUGGAAAAUACUCUCAGAUGUUAUCAACCUCACUUGAUAAUAAGCUUCGCGAAGAUUUGGAGCGUUUGAAGAAGAUUCGUUUGCAUAGAGGACUUCGUCAUUAUUGGGGUCUCCGUGUUCGUGGUCAGCACACUAAGACAACGGGCAGGAAAGGUCGUACUGUCGGUGUAUCAAAGAAGAAAGGAGGUUAA